AUGUCCAGUCCUCCAGACUACCAGGCUCUUUGGCUGCAGGAGAGAGAGGAGAGAAGACGAGCGGAGGAAGAACGGGAUCGAGAGAGGGAGCGGACUCGUAAUACGACCUUCCUGGAGUUCCUUGGUCUCUGUCAUCAUCUCUUCUCCAUCCCAUUACGAGUCGGGAUACCAAGGCUCUCUACCAAGGGCUCUAUAAACCCACCGAUAGGGAAGGCCUGUCCGCUGCAAUUUUUAAAAUGGGAUGACUGUGAUAAUGAACAGCAGAAGGUUUAUAACUCUGUCUGUUCCUAUUUACAACCUUUCGGAGAAACUGCACCGCAUCUCUUUGCCUCGCGUCAUGCUUUAGACCACUUGGGGGAAGUUUUCAGCGCCAGGGCAUUAACCAGUGAGAAAGACCUAGAAGGAUACGAAAGAUUUGGAGUCGAAGAUCAUGUUCACAAAAUCAUCUCCGAACUCUGCAAGAUACCAGGUGCUCAGGAGGAAUUCGAUUUGGGCGAUGGAGUCUGGUUUGACAAUCAUGGAAACGACCUUGACUCAACCGGCGAUAAUACCCGUGACCUAGAUUCAGAUGGAUACCCUGCGAGGCCGGACCAGUUCUGCAUCCAUCGAGUCAACGGUCAGUCAACUCAACUUUUGACCACGGUUGAAUACAAACCACCUCAUAAACUCUCAGUGGAAAAUAUCCGUAAAGCUCUGGAGCAACCCAUUAACUUUUGGGAAGAAAUAGUCAACGUUGACUCGGUUCCGAAGGAAGGUAAUGAUAAGUUAGUUCAUAAUGCAUAUGUGCUGACUGGUUCAGCCAUUGUGCAAGAAUACCAUGUCAUGCUUCAGGAGGGCCUUGAAUAUUCCUACUUGACUAAUGGGUUAGCUGUGGUAUUGCUGCGGGUUCCCCGGGAUACGCCUGAGGUCGUAUACUACCAUCUCUGUGAACCAAACAACGAUAUCAAACCCGAAAACGCUCAUUUACAAAAGCCGCUGACCACAAUUGCACGGGUUCUCUGUCUCUGCCUGAUGAGUUUUCGCUCGCCAAUCCGUGACCAGGAAUGGCGACAAUUUGCAAAGGCACGGGUGCCAGAGUGGAAGACGAGUUUUGACCAUACACGCUCCCAAAUUCCAGAUGAAGAACUGCGACAAAAUCCACCUGACUCAGAAUAUACUUCGUCAGAGAGUGCAGGUGCCCCUACUAUCUCAGAAUAUAUGCCAUCGUCAUCUUCCUUUGAAGAAGUUGCCGGAGAGAGCCAGAUAUCGACUCGGUCUAGUACCCGAGCUCGAGCUCAGUGCAGGCCGAAUACAGCGCAGAGCAGUGAUCCUCCAGAUGCCGAUGAAGAUCCUGAUGCUGAACCCAGCGGGCGCAAACGUGGCUUCAGUGAAUUGACAACGUCUUCGUCAUCCCAGUCGGCACAGUCGCCGCGUCAGACGACGGGCUCUCGACAAACUGGAGGUAGUCCUUAUCAGCACAAUGCUCAGUUCUGUACCCAGAAAUGUCUUCUUGGGCUAAAGCAAGGGGAUAAACUAGAUGAGAAUUGUCCAAACGUGGCUCUUCAUAGAAAGACUCGGGACAGUGACCACCACCUCAUCGAUGCCAAAACCUUAGUACAAUUAAUCAACGAGCAGCUAGAUAAGAACCUUGACAUUGACUGCACUCCCAUGGGAAAUUGCGGAGAAUGCGGAGCCACAGGUGCGCCUUUUAAAAUCACCUGUACUGAAUACGGGUAUACCGUCGUUGGUAAAGGAACCACCACUCAUCUCUGGGGUGUGGUCUCGCGCGAAGCAGAAAUAUACGGUUUUCUAAAGCAAGCACAAGGCUCAGCAAUACCCGUCUUCCUUGGUACCAUUGACCUCGCCAUGACAUACUACUUGCAUGGGGCUGGAAGGAUCCGACACAUGCUACUUAUGGGAUGGGCAGGUGAACAUAUUGAUGGAGAAAAUGUCGAUAAGAGCGUUAGACGAGAAGUUUCAAGGUCAAAGAAAGAGAUUCGUUCUCUAGGGUUAUUGCACGGGGAUCUUCGAUGGGAAAAUAUCCUGUGGAACGCCGAGCUCAAUAGAGCGCUUAUUAUUGACUUCGAUGCGUCCCAGAUGGACCCGCGGCUAUUAAAAAAGCAGCCGAAGCACCUUAAGCGCAAACCGUCUAGGCCAAAGGGCGCUUUAUCAGAGAAGAUCAAUCAUGGAGAAGUGAAGAGUGAGCGGAAACGACUUCGUGUGCUUUGA